CUUUCCUCAUCAUCGCUUGUCGAUAAUCAAUUCCAUCCUCUGGCAGACAUGGAUCCCGAUGCUGCGCCUCCCGACACAGCGCCCAGCGCUUUCAAUUACAUCCUCAGCUUCCUUCUAGUCGGGAUCGCAUGGGGUUUCACAACGCCCUUCAUCCGCCGCGCCGCCGUGGAAUUUAACGCGAGAAACGAGCAAAAGACACAAGUUGGGCGUGAUGUGGGGGGUGGGCGAAUGACAAGAGGAGGUUCAUGGAUUAAGCGGAAACUCACGUCACUGUUUUGGACGGUUGUAAAUCUUCUGAGAACACCUGGAUAUGCGGUGCCAUUGUUAUUGAACCUCUCAGGAAGCGUAUGGUUUUUCUUGCUAGUUGGAAAGCACGAGCUGAGUUUAACUGUGCCGAUUACCAACUCCAUGGCGUUCUUAUUUACGGUGGUGGGGGAGUGGUACGUGGAGGGGAAGGUCAUUUCAAAACAAACUUGGCUGGGGAUGCUACUUGUCCUCAGCGGCAUCGCCUUAUGUGUGCACUCAAAGAAUACGUAAACAUGCUUGAAGUAGCUAGAAAUUUUUUCUAUACCAACUUCUAUCCUCUCAAUUCUGCUUUAUCAAAAUGCCCUCACAAGAAGCAGGAGCAGUUUUGGCCUUGGCCCGAGGAAUUCCGUGGUGUUUAUGCCUUCCCAGCCUCUGAAUUGGAAUCGUAUGCGGAAAGGAAGAAGGCGACCCGAGAUAAAACCCGAACAAGGGGCUGAAUUUGGGGACGACGACCUCAUAGGUAUAAUCGGCUAUCCUUCGCGGAUCAAACCCAAGCUGAUGCCGUAAGAUCAUGCAACUAAGGCUUAUUCUUGUUCCCUGAUCUCAUUGUCCUUUCAUUGUUCUCGUCAGUCUCAUCAUCCCUGGCACCUUUAUACUUGUUAUCAUCCUCACUAGUUAGUCUUGCUAUUUUACAUUCUGACUUGUGUGGUA